UCGCGCAGCACAUUGCAAAUCGCAUUCUCCGCGCGGAAUGCCGUGAGACAGCGUGGCGCGGCUGCUUGUUCGUUGGGUUUUUUUGCACUGAACACUACUUGGCGUAUUAGCGUUGGAAUGCAUAUUUCUGAUCCUACUAAGCCUGACAAAUUGCCGACAUGCCAGUUGAGCGUUUUUGUCCGUGUAAAUCGUAACGUCGUCAGCUAAGCGCCGAUACAGGUCAGUGGAAGUGUAACACUAAGCGGCCACUAUCACCCUGCGUUUUAUUGACAAAAACAUCACAUCAUCCGCCAGUGAUCUGAUCGGCGCCGGAAGCGACACUGCUGUCGCUGCGAUCAGUUAUGAAACAUUUCCUUCUCAUCUCACGAGGCACUUUGCCGUGUUUUGCAUAGUGUCGAUACAUUGCGAUCGCCCUAGGAAAAAUCCCGUUAAUUCGUUUGUGCUGGUGAAUUCUGCAGUGCUUGAGGAAUUUAUUGGAAAUUGAAUGAUCAAUUUUGUAUGACAGGGAGGAAAUUAGCGGUGAUUUGUAUGUGAUGCGGAUGAAUACAAACAGUGGUCGAGCUGGUUUCGUCUGGGUCGUGUUGGUUAAGUGAGAGCCGGGGCCGUUGUGUGUUGUUGUAACGCGGAAUGGCCAGCGGAAGCGCGGCGCCGCCCUCCUCAUCCGGCGUGGAUCCGGAUACGCCGCGUAAGGAGGAUUUGGAGCUGCUGGCCAUGCUGGAGGCGCAGAACCGGUUGAUCGAGCAGGACGCCAAAGCCAAGGCCUCCAUCCGGCCGCCCUGCGCCCCCAAGGGCCACUCGCGCCAGCACAGCACCGCCAGCGCCGGCAUGGGCAGUCUCGGCAGCGGGACCACCGGGACGACGGCGGCCGGGCCGCCCAAUCGCUCCAGCGGCAGCUCGCCCGUCGAGCAUCUCCAGGAUGAGCAUUUUGUGCAGUGGGGCCAGAUUGUCUCCGACUGGGAUAUGUAUGUCAAGCGGAAGAAUCAUAUUCUCAAGGAAAUGGUGCGGCAAGGUAUUCCCGCGGCGUACCGUCCCAUUGUGUGGCAGUUGAUGUGCCAGACGUACAUUUCGCCAGUGCGGGAAUUAUACUACGGUUAUUUGUCACAAGCGUCGCCUUUUGAAAAGCUCAUCGGCCGGGACAUUGCCCGCACCUAUCCCAACCACGAGUACUUCAAGGAGACCAACGGGAUCGGCCAGGAAGGCCUCUUCAACGUCAUGAAGGCCUAUUCGUUGCAUGACCGGGAAGUCGGAUACUGCCAGGGCAGCGCGUUCAUCGUGGGAUUACUGCUGACGAUCAUGUCGGAGGAGGAGACCUUCUGCAUCCUGGUGAAAUUGAUGACGGACUACCGGCUGCGCGAGCUCUUCAAGCCCAACAUGACGGAGCUGGGCCUGUGCAUGUACCAGCUGGAAUGCCUCAUACAGGAGAUGAUUCCGGAUUUGUACAUCCACUUCCAGUCGCAGAGCUUCCACACGUCCACCUACGCGUCCUCCUGGUUCCUGACGCUGUUCUCCACGAAUCUGCCCAUGGAGCAGGCGUGCCGGGUCAUGGAUGUGUUCAUCUCCGAGGGUAUGGACGCCAUAUUUCGCAUCGCCAUUGCCAUUCUGCAGCAUUUCCGGGCGCACUUGCUCCAGCAGGACAUGGAAGGUAUGCUAAAGUGCCUGCAGAAAGACUUGCCGGUGCUGUUCGAGACGAACCCUCACGGCAUCAUGAACGCGUCGUACGUGGUGAAGCUGAACGUGAAGAAGAUGAAGAAGCUGGAGAAGGAGUACAUGGCGCUGAAGAGCCGCGAGCAGGAGGACAUGGUGGAGCUGCGCCGACUGCGCACCGAGAACAAUCUGCUGCGGCAGCGCGUGGGGAAUCUGGAGCAGGAGACGAGUGAGCUGGCCGACCGGCUGGUCAAGGAGCAGAUCGAGCGCCAGCACGAGAACGACGAGGCGGGCCGGGUCAGACGGGAGAUGGAGCGGAUGCGGCGUGACAAGGAGGAGCUGGAAGCGAAGCUGGCGCGCGCCAACCACGCCGUCAAGGCCAUGCAAGAUCAAAUGUGCGGCACGGCCGGGACGCCGGGCUUCAACAUGUACCAGAAGGACGCGGAGAUCUCCAAGCUGCAGAAGGAGCUGCGCGCGGUGCGCGUGCGCGAGGUGGACUGGCAGAAGACGAUGCGCGAGCUGAAGGAGCGCGUGCAGGAACUGGAGGAGAGCAACCGGCGCAUGCGCGACGCCCGCCCCGAGCACGGCGUGGCCCGCAUGCAGGAGGAGCUCACCGCCGUCAGGAUGCGUGAGGCCGAGGCCAACCUCUCCAUGCGCGAACUGCGCAAACGCGUCGCCGACCUCGAGACCGAAUGGCAGCGGCAUCUGGCGCGCCAUCACACGCCCAACGGCCCGACACAGUCCGGCUCGUUAAGCAAGAGCGCCGCGUCGAGCAGCGUGGCGGCGUUGAGCAGUCUGAGCGUGCAGCAGCUGCAGGAGGAGCUGAUGACGGUGCGGCUGCGCGAGGCGGAAUCCCUUGCCGACGCCAAGGAGAUCCGGCAGAAGCUGAUGCAGGUGGAGAGCCACAACAGCUUCCUGCACAACCAGCUGCGCCGCGCCGAGGACGACCAGCGCAGCGUCAAGAAGGCGCACGAGCAGCUGGAGGAGGCCGUUCACGCGCUGGAGGAUCGACUGAAGGAGGAGCUCAACAAGCGCGAGGAUCUCGAGGCCGAAUUGCGGACGUGCACGGCCAUCUCGGAGUUGUGCGAGGCCGACAAGAACCAGACGAUCGCCGUGCUGGAGGCCCGCCUGGCCGAGCUGGAGAUCCGCAACGAGGAGCUGCGGACGCUGGAAGCCCUCCGGGAGACCGAGAAGAACGUGCGGCGCUACCGGGAAUCCUUGUCGGUAUCGAGUUCGGAGGGCGACGCGGCGCCGCUGGAGACCGCCGGCACGGAAGUCCGCUCGGCGCCCAACGCCAGCCAAUAAUAACUGAACGGUGCCUUUUCCACGGACUGAUACGCUCCGGAAUUUGUUCUCAAGGAGGAAGAUUAUCAAAAGCGGAUUUUCUACGGAUUUAUUGUUACAGCGAGGGUGUAUACAGUGUGUACAGCCGGUUUCGGGGGCGGUUGGCCCUUUCGCUCGGGGGAAAACGGGGUGCGGGGGGCUGUUUUUCUGUUCUUAACUGUGAUUUCGCAUGGUUUUCUGUACGAAGAAUGAAUAGCAAUAAUAAUAUAAAAAAGAGCCUUUUUAUGUGUCAUUUUUAAAUAGAUUUAUUAACAGGAAAUGCUGGCGGGGAAUAAAUUGUUUUUAUUUAAAGGCACGCAUGGAAUUUAUGGAAAUAAA